CGUUCAACACAGAAAACUAAAGAUAGUUGAGAAACUUACUGUCUAACUGUAAUCGAUAUCAUAGUGAGAGUAUAUUUAGUAACAUAUGAUUCAUAUAGGACUUUCCCAAGGAUCGUCGUUAUGAAAGAAUACCGGUUUGCAAAAUAACAUAUAGAAUAAGUCAGUUUGUGGGACAAUUUAUCAAAGGCAUUAGUAUGUAUAUCUAGUGAAAGAGAUCAUUCUGAAUUAUCCAGGCAGUGAAUAGUGGAAAUAUGAAUUAUUGAACUGUUUUACAACCAAUGAAACUGAACGGAAUUAACGCUACAGAGGAGGCACCAAAACGAAAUACGACCUGAAAUUAAGUUGAGGACAUCAUGGACGAUACCAUUUUACUUGAAGAUUCCUCUGGAAAAAUUUACCAAAAGGAAGGAACUGGUAAAAGUGAAAGUCUUUUGAAAGAUGCUAUCGAUGAUGUCAACAAAGAAAAAGACACUUACAGCAAUCAUCAAGCGGCUUUACAUCCGAAAGACUUUAAUGAUGAACAUUUAGAAACUGUAAAUGACGAAACACAUUUAAAGCCUUUGGGUCAAAACGUUACUGACACUGUAAAUGACGAAACACAUUUAAAGCCUUUGGGUCAAAACGUUACUGACACUGAAAAUGACGAAACACAUUUAAAGCCUUUGGGUCAAAACGUUACUGACACUGAAAAUGACGAAACACAUUUAAAGCCUUUGGGUCAAAACGUUACUGACACUGAAAAUGACGAAACACAUUUAAAGCCUUUGGGUCAAAACGUUACUGACACUGAAAAUCAGCAAGACGACAACGUAUUUAUCUAUAGUAUAAACGAUGAAUCUGAAUCUGUGAUCUUAAAGGAAAACGAAAAUCAAAAACAAAUAACUGGGGAGAUAUAUGAAGCUACUGAUAUUAAAACUUUGUCGAAUGAAGAUGUUGAUCAUAAAAACAAAAAAUAUGAAAAACAAAAAAUGAGUAAAAAUAAUAAAGCGGACCCAGGCGAUUCAAAUGUUUUUGAUCCAACAACAGACAUUUCAAAGUUAGAAGAAUCUCCGAUGAUGCAAAGACCCCCAUCACAUCUAACUGUUGCUUUUUGGGCAAAAGAAGACACACCUACGAGUACGAGAAAGGUGAAAACAUCGGCUUUAGAAGCAAUAAGUGAUGAGCAAGUCUAUCCAUUCACAAGAAAUGAUUCAAAAAAGAAACAACUGAAUGAUUCAGGCAUUGCUGAUAUUACAGAAAAGGACAAUGAGACGGGAAAUUAUCAAUACAACAUCAAUUUUGAAUCAACUUCAGAAUCAAUCGUCGUGGAAAACGAAAACAAUUAUUCACUAGAAACAAAAAAUGAUAAUGAAACAGAAGCAAGUAGAGACCCGUCUUUUGGUGUUUCUGAUGAUGAUAAUAGUUAUCAAAGGUACCCGGAUGAUAAUACAGAUUCGAAAUAUUUACAAACAUCUUUACAAUCGAUAUCAAAUGAUGAGAGUGAGGUUGGUAAAAGUUGUAUGGAUUGUAUUAAACCAGUACAAAUUAAAAACUGGAAGGAAAUCAGAAAAGGCGACCAUAUAAUUCUUUUAAGGAGUUUUUAUGACCAUCACGCAAUUGUAGUGAAAGUAAAUGAACCAGAGGAUGAUAACUGUUUACAGAUUAGUUUAGAAUUGAUUCAUCAGACAAACAGGGGGGCCAUAAGGGACAGUUUUCGUGGUAGAGAACGAAUUGUCAAAUUAAAACGCAAAACUGAAACAGUCGAUUUAAAAAAAGUAAGGAUUUGUAAAUAUUGGGGAAGAAUAAAACCGAAAAGUCCCGACGAAGUAGUCAAAAGGGCAACUGAAUCAUUAAAUGGUGAUCAGCAUGAAUUUCGGUACAAUGUUAUUGAUAAUAAUUGUGAACAUUUUGCAUCUUGGUGCGUAACUGGAAGAAGGCUCAGCAUUCAAAUAAGAAAGGCGACAGUUGUUUUCAAAAUACUGGUACAAAACAGAUUACGCGGUCUUAGUAACGAAAUUUUAAGAAACAAGGUCGAAUACGACCAUGGCAUGCUGUGCGAAACGUGCUUCGAGAGAAAUAAGAAAAUGCUUAGUGUGACAACAAAGAAAGUUAAAGAAAAAGACGACAUACACAAAGGUGACAUAGUUUUGUAUAGAUAUUACACACUUCUACACUGUUCGGUGGUUCUUGACGUGAUCAAACGUAAAGAAAAAUAUAUCAAGUGCGAGAUUGCUCACUAUGCAUUCAAGGGACCGUUAACACAGAAAAAAAUACAAAGUAGUAUUUUGAAAGUACCGUAUAAUGGAUCAGUAUCAGUAUUUGAAUACUCGAGUGGUGAGUUUGAAACGUAUGAGCCGGAUGAAGUAGUUUGUCGAGCUAGGAAAAGAAUGGGAGAGAAAAUGUUUUCAUAUUUUUCCAAUGACUCAAGCCAUUUUGCCCGCUGGUGUAAAUUGAAAUUGUUAAACCAAAAACAAUAAAAACUUUGAUCCUUUUUGAUUCCAUACAUUCACUUAGAAUAAUUAAAGUCCUGCAUAGCACCACUGAAAAGUUUGCAACUGUAGUUGUGUAUUAUUUCAAAUAGGUUAUAGACGUCACGUACUAUUUCAAAUCUGUAUUUAAUCACAGCUUUGAUGUUUUAAACUUAAUCAUUCUCUCUUCAGCAAUGAUAAAAAAUCACUUAUUUUCAUGUUUGUCAUUUCUAAUUUGGAUAUUUUCUAUUGCGAACUUAAACUGUAGAUCUAAAAUAGCAAAAUAUACAGAAAACUUUGUUAAUUUCUUUAUGUGCCCGUGUCAUGAUAAGGGCCUGUGAUUUUAGAAUAUUUUGUUUUAUUGAUUUAUGUCCUUCAUGUUUGUUUUUAGUAAACUGUUUUGUUUAUACUAAUAAACACGUGAGUUUUCCUGUU